GAAAAAACAUGUUUUUGUAAGAUUUAGAGCUAAAUGUGGAAAAAUGUUGCCGUUAAUUUCGGCAUGUUUCAGUUUACAAACGGCGCCCCAUACGCCUGUGGGUGCUGUUCUCUAGUUGCAUGGAGCUUCUUGAGGUGGACAUGAAAAGGUCCUUAGAGAUAGCACAGGAUUUCCCCCUCAAGGUGCCCACAAGACACCUCAUCCAGACAGGGAUGACCGGCAGCACCACUACGGUGGCGGCCCGGGCCAUGAGCGUGCAGAAUAUGAAGUACGAGGCGGACAGCAAUAUCGACACGGCAGACCUCAGAGACCUGCAGGCCGAGAUCACCCAGGUGAGCCAGAUGAUGGAAGAGAUGGAGAUGAAGGUGCAGGUGGCGCCGUGGGCCGUUGAGGCGAAGCAGGAGGCAGGCGCUGAGCUCAAGUCCAACAUGAGUGUAGGGAAUUCCUCCGUGGGUGUCAUCUCGAUCUGCGAAGAGGAGCCCAAAGAAGAAGAAGGUGGCGGAGGGAGCAGGGAGGCUGGUUUUGCGUCAAUCUGCGCUGUGAUUGGAUUCUUUGUCAUCGUUAUAGUCGCCUUGGUUCUAGGCUAUUUGGUUGUCAAUAUGUGAACUUUCUAACCAAAAGCCCACCCUGAUGGACAUCCUGUGAAGCUGCCCAGGGAGCGGUAAGACUCUGCAGGCCCAUAAGAAAGAGAAAGAGCGUCUUUUUGGGCUUGAAAAAUAAUGUGGACACGGAAAAGUUAUUAAGCUUUCCUGGAUUUGUGAAUGUAUUUGGCGGAGGUGAGAAAUUGCACUAGAUAAGCUAAAAUGUACUAGAAGAAUAUAGCCAAAGUGUGAAAAUAAUGGGAGUGAGGCACAAAAAGUAUUUUUGGGGGGAGGGCCAGUGGGCCAUUUAUUUUUGGAAGAGGGUGGAGAAAAAGGUCAUAAAAUUACGUGACAGAGUCUAGCCAUCAGGAUGAUAUAAACAACACGUAAUCCAAGUGGAUUAGUGGAAAAGCUCAAGCAGAAAUGUAGCCUGUAACUAUUCUCAUGAUGUUCUGUGGAUUGAUGCUUUGCAUUCAGAAAAGUUAGAUCUGCUCAAACAAACAGGAAAAACAUCUAAAGAACGGUUGUCUUAUUGAAACUAUAGUGGAAGCCAGCACAGUUAAUCUCUGCUCCUCAAACCACACUGGUUGGAUGUUAUCAAAUCUGCACUCUUCUACACUCCUGUCAGCACCGUUUAAAUGCGUCAUAAUAAUCUGUAUAGCCAGAUUGUAAUAGGCCUGCAUCUUACUUUACUGCAUCAAAUCACAAUGUGCUUGAUGAGAGCCUUGGGACCGAAGAGAUGUUCACAGUCUUUUAAUAACGCACCCAUUCACUGUAAGCCUGCUCAUGUUCCUUUUCAGGGUUUUCUUGCACAGUGUUGAAUGUACAUUGCAACAUGAAUAGAAGGUUUGUAUAUACUGCUGUUUCAGAUAAUGUACAUACGAUCAAGUAUAUUUAUUAUAAUAAAACUUCGAAACACACUUGAAAAUAUGCUUGUAGUUUGAUAGGUGCUUUACAAACAAUGACCAGGCAUG